CUCUGGCUCAAAAAUGCCAUGUGCUUUUCGAUAGGAUGAGCUACACCGAUGUUUGACACCUUCGGCAGACAUGACCACAUCAAACCAGCACCAAUCUAGACAGAUCGAUGAAAAUGGAACAUAUGUCCUCAUGGAGUCAAAGCUGACGGCACUUACCAUCGAUGUGGCUGGAUCCUCUUCCUCCCUGAUCCUCGAAGAUAACUUGCUCCGAACCACGUGCCUUCCAAUUAAGACACUUUCUUGAAGGAGAAAUGCCAUAAAUCUGCUCGAGGUGACACUAUGCUUUUCGUUGAUGAAUUGUAUCGUGUCAUGUUGCACCUAGCUGUGACUUGAAUGUCUGCUGGAUUUCAUAUAUCUCAUACACUUCAAAGAAUUUCAAGUCUACAUCGAGAAUUUCACUACUUUGCAUGACAACUCAUUUAUUAACUGAAUAUGGAAGUCAUAAAGCAAAUAGAGACAGCCGAGAUUAGCCAGAGUGCUGCAUAUAUCACGGUGACAACAGAAGGUAACAAGCACGAUGUACCAGUCCACCCCAGUCCACCAUUUACAGACCCAAACACAGAAAAAUCACAACUGCUAUGGGGUAAGGUGCGGGAUAAUUGUCGUGAUGCAUUCUCUGAGUUCUUUGGAACAAUGAUCUUGAUCCUCUUUGGUGAUGGUGUUGUAGCUCAAGUUCUACUCAGUCGUGGUCAAAAGAGUGACUACCAGUCGAUCUCCUGGGGCUGGGGGCUCGGGGCUAUGCUUGGAGUAUACGCAAGUGGCAUCUCAGGAGCACAUAUCAAUUUCGCGGUGACCUUUGCAAAUUGCAUCUUUCGCGGGUUUCCCUGGCGAAAAUGGCCUAUAUACACGGCAUCUCAGAUCUUGGGGGCCAUGUGCGGAGCGGCCAUUGUAUAUGGCAAUUACAAGUCAGCCAUCGAUGAGUAUGAAGGUGGAAAGGAUAUCAGGACUGUCCCGGGAUACUCAUCCAAUGCAACGGCGGGGAUAUUCUGCACAUAUCCUGUCGAAUUCAUGACAACCACAGGGCAAUUCUUCUCCGAGUUCCUUGCCAGUGCCAUUUUGAUGUUUAAUAUAUUUGCAUUGAAGGAUGUUGACAAUCUCGGGGCUGGACCAUUGACGCCUCUUGCUCUGUUCUUCGUAAUCUUUGGGAUUGGUGCUUGCUUUGGCUGGGAGACUGGGUAUGCCAUCAACAUGGCUCGAGACUUUGGGCCACGACUAGUAUCAUACAUGCUGGGAUACGGAGCUGAGGUCUGGAAGGCAGGCAACUAUUACUUUUGGGUACCGAUGGUAGCUCCGUUUCUGGGAUGUACAUUCGGGGGAUGGAUCUACGACUUGUUCCUCUACACUGGAUCGGACAGUCCAGUUAAUACGCCAUGGAUGGGAUUCAAAUGGCUAGCCAUGCCAUUUCGUCGGGAUGUAGUCGAAUCACCAAGCUGGGUUUAAUGGGUCUCAUGACUAUCGGAAAUAAUUAAUGAAGAAUGAUGCAAGAUACCUAUACAUACCUAUACCACCCAGUGUUAGGGCUAGGAAUUGGCCACAAUAAGGGCAAAUAAUAUCCAUAGCAGCUGACGGUUAGAAUUUCCAUUGCUACUGUGGCAUAUCCAACCACUGCUCGAAGCCGGAACGGACGGGUUUGCCUUGUACAACAGAAGACAUGCCCUGGAUUGGUGUGUUGCUUAUAGAACUGAAUCUGGAUCGACUUUAGGUCUAAAUACCGAUUGGCUGUGAUGCCAUUUCCAUUCUUCAUGCGCUAUAUUCUGGCAUGCUGCCAUGGAGCUGCUGGAUAUAGAAGCAUUAUACAACUUAGCGAAUGAGAUAGCAUACUUAGCUGCUCUACUUGUAUAUAGGUAUUCUGAAUAGUCUUCUUUAGAUAUAUAAUUAAUAUAAUAUCUGCC